CUCUCCUCUCCUCUCCCCUCCCCACUAGAGAGAGCGGGACCUAGCACGCGAGGAGAGAGGCGGGGAGAGAGGCAGGCAAGCCGCGAGGCCACCGCCGACGCCGACGCUGACACCGCCGCCGCGAUGGCUCGCCUGUUCCGCGAGUCCCGCCGGGACUCGUCCCACUCCUCCUCCUCCAACGGCUUCCUCCCGCCCGCGGCGGCGGCCUCCUCCUCCUCGGCCCUCCCCUCGCCGUUCCCGGACCUCGGGGUCCCGCUCACGGCCGCGGACCUCCGGGAGGCCGCCUACGAGGUGCUGGUCGCGGCGUCCCGCACCACGGGCGGGAAGCCGCUCACCUACAUCCCCCAGUCCGCGUCGGGCGCGGCGGCGCCGGCGUCCCCUGCCUCGUCCGCGUCCUCGGUCUCCUCCGCCUCGCUCCAGCGCUCCCUCACCUCCGCCGCCGCCAGCAAGAUGAAGAAGGCGCUCGGCCUCCGCUCCUCCGCCUCCUCCAAGGGCGUCGGCAGCCCCGGGAGCGGCGGCAAGGCGGCCGGGCCCCCGCGGAGGCCCGCCACGGUCGGGGAGCUCAUGCGGGUGCAGAUGCGCGUCUCCGAGCCCGCCGACGCCAGGAUCCGCAGGGGGCUCCUCCGCAUCGCCGCCAGCCAGCUUGGCAGACGUGCGGAAUCUAUGGUAUUGCCCUUGGAAUUCCUGCAACAGUUCAAGGCAUCAGAUUUCCCAGAUCCUCAAGAGUAUGAAGCAUGGCGGAGUAGGAAUUUAAAGCUUCUUGAGGCUGGUUUGCUUCUUCACCCACUUGUUCCACUGAACAAAUCAGAUAGUUCUGCACAACGGUUGCGCCAAAUUAUACGUGGUGCAUAUGAUAGGCCACUUGAAACUGGGAAAAACUCUGAGUCAAUGCAGAGCCUACGCACUUCUGUCAUGUCCCUUGCUGGAAGGUCUCAUGAUGGAACUUCUGAUGGAUGCCACUGGGCAGAUGGUUUCCCCUUGAACCUGCAUCUCUACCAAAUGUUGGUAGAAGCUUGCUUUGAUAAUGAUGAGGGCACUGUGGUUGAUGAGAUCGAUGAGGUGAUGGAGCUCUUGAAGAAAACCUGGGUUAUUCUUGGAAUCAAUGAGAUGCUCCACAACCUUUGCUUUACUUGGGCAUUGUUCAACCAUUUUGUUAUGUCUGGUCAAGUAGAUAUCGAGUUACUUUCUGCUGCAGAGAAUCAGUUAGCUGAAGUUGCUAAGGAUGCCAAGACCACAAAAGACCCAAAUUACUGUAAAGUUUUAAGUUCAACAUUAAGCUCAAUAAUGGGUUGGACUGAGAAAAGACUUCUGGCAUAUCAUGAGACCUUCAAUACAAGUAAUAUCGAGUCUAUGCAAGGCAUUGUCUCCAUUGGAGUGUCAGCUGCUAGGGUUCUUGUUGAAGAUAUAUCCCAUGAAUAUCGUCGUAGAAGGAAAGAAGAGACUGAUGUAGCUCGCAGCAGGGUAGAGACCUACAUAAGGUCUUCACUCCGCACAGCUUUUGCCCAAAGAAUGGAAGAAGCGGAUUCAAAACGUUCAUCAAGAAACCCUACUCCAGUGCUUUCUAUUCUUGCAAAGGACAUCGGUGACCUAGCUAUAAAGGAGAAAAAAUUGUACAGUCCAAUACUGAAGACAUGGCAUCCCCUUGCUUCAGGUGUUGCUGUUGCAACCCUUCAUUCUUGUUACAGAAAUGAGCUGAAGCAGUUCGUAGCUGGGCUUACAGAGCUGACGCCAGAUACAGUUCAGGUGCUUAAAUCAGCAGACAAAUUAGAGAAGGAUCUUGUUAAUAUUGCUGUAGAAGAUUCUGUGGAUAGUGAUGAUGGAGGCAAGUCACUGAUCAGAGAAAUGCCUCCGUAUGAAGCUGAAAAUGCAAUUGCUAAUCUGGUGAAAGUGUGGAUAAAAGAAAGGGUAGAUAGACUCAAGGGAUGGGUUGACCGGAAUUUGAAGCAAGAGACCUGGAAUCCAGGUGCCAACAGGGAGAAUUUCGCUCCCUCUUCAGUGGAGAUGCUUCGGGUUAUUGGUGAAACGUUGGAUGCAUUUUUCGAAUUGCCUAUACCAAUGCAUCCAGCUCUUCUUCCUGAUCUGACAACCGGACUCGAUAGAAGCUUACAGCUUUACGUGUCUAAAGCAAAAUCUGGCUGUGGAACACGGAAUUCCUUUAUGCCCCAAUUACCUCCAUUAACGCGAUGCGAGGUUGGCUCCAAGUUAUUAUUCAAGAAAAAGGAGAAGCCACAAAAUCUGCAGGUUCGUGUAUCUCAAAAUGGAACAACAAAUGGAAAUGAUCCCUUGGGCCUCCCUCAACUGUGUGUGCGCUUGAACACACUUCAGUACGUCCGAGGUGAGCUUGAGAACCUAGAGAAGAAGAUAAAAACAUGCUUGCGGAAUGUCGAGUCAGCUCAGGCAGAUAUCACAGAUGGAUUGGACAUCAAGUUUGAGCUUUGUCAGGCAGCCUGUCAAGAAGGCAUUCAGCAGAUCUGUGAGACGACUGCAUAUAAGGUGACGUUCUAUGACUUGGGCCAUGUUCUCUGGGACACCCUUUACAUUGGUGAUACCGCAACAAACAGGGUGGAGGUACUGUUGAGAGAGCUUGACCCUGUCCUUGAGACGAUAUCUGGUAUGGUGCACAAUAAAGUGCGGAACCGUGCUAUUACUGCGCUGAUGAAAGCAACUUUUGAUGGUUUCUUGCUGGUGCUUCUUGCUGGUGGUCCUUUGCGUGCUUUCACCCGCCAGGACUCUCAGAUAAUUGAAGAUGACUUCAGGGCCCUCAGAGAUCUGUAUUUGGCGGAUGGGGAUGGUCUGCCAGAAGAAUUAGUUGACAAGGCCUCCUCCCAGGUGAAGAAUGUCCUGCCCCUCUUCAGAGCAGACUCUGAAAGCCUCAUCGAGCGAUUCAAACGUAUGAUGGUUGAAUCAAAUAGGUCAGCGUCCAAGAACAGGUUACCAUUGCCUCCAACGACAGGGCAUUGGAGUCCGAAUGAGCCUAACACGGUCCUGCGAGUUCUGUGCUAUCGGAGCGAUGAGACAGCUACAAAGUUCCUGAAGAAAACUUACAACCUACCGAAGAAGAUUUGAUUCGGUUCAGGGGAUAGAUCACACACCGUAUGUACAUUUUCCGCCAUCACCAUCAAGAUAUUUUUACUCAGGGUCAUCUAUGCGUCGUCCCACCUCCCUCCUGAAGUGCCGAGGACCAAGGAUGUACCCCACUGCAGAGGUUGCACUGAAAGAGCACCUGAUAGAAUGAUUACAACGAGGAAGUCUAGUUCUGUGGUGCCGAGAGGGGCGUUACUGGAUUUUUUUGGGUGAUUCGUGUCAUGGGUAGGUUGGGGGUGGAUGAUGGAUUACUUACAGCUCGAUUUGUUCAUUAUAUUAUAUAUGUUUGCCUAAUCCAGUUCUUUUGCUGACCUUGUGCUCGUGUAUUUUGAUUCAUUCUAGCUUGUAACAGAUAUACCCAGCGUGUGAAUAAGUUGUGUACUCGCGUGCUACCGUCUGGUGCUUUUGACGUGACAUUUGUAUAUUUUUCCGGCAUUCUGCACUCCACUGUCUACAGCUUUUU